GACGUAUCUCUGAGCAGUCAACAGACACACACACGGUCGGUCCGGACUGGAGCGACACCGGGGCCAAUAUUUCGCUCUUUUUCUGCUGUCUGCGCGAUUUUGCGGUCUGUUAAACAUCAUUUAUGCGAAGCGACCGGAGUAGAGUGUGUACACGGAGCACACGAGGCCGUUUGUUGUGGUUUUUGUGGACGAGAGCGCGCUCCGGAGUGUGACGCCUGUUUUUAUUUGUGUUCACUGCGACACGGAAAGUGACAGUGCAGGAUUCCUCGUCUUGACAGCUUAAACACACGACUGGAGUUAUAAACAUGCUGUUGCACUUUAAACCAUUGUCUUAAAGAGUCAGUUUUAGUACUUUAUCCGUCUUGGUGUCGGAGAGCAGGCCAGUGGAGAAAGCCUGAUCCUCGUCAUCUUCAUAAUCUUCAUCAUCCAACGCUUUGUUUAUAGUGCAAUAUUUGCGAUUUGAAUGCUUAUACUAGUGUUUAGCUUGAUCUUGGAGGCGAGGAGAGUAGCAGUAUUGAUGGUGGACUUUAAGUACACGGUGUUUGCUGAUAAUGUCAACAGUAUGUGCAUGUGACACUCUUUUAAUGUGUUCAGCUUGAAGCUAAAAGAUGUUGAGCAGAGCACAGGCUUGGAGACAGAUGCUAAAGUAAACUUAGAAUAGAGUCAUUUGCCUGAUGUUACCCUUACAAACCAAUAAUACAAAAAAGGAAUGAAUGAAGUGAGCUUUAUGUCUUAGCUCUGAGUAUUUAUACUUAUGAUGUGAGGGUUUUUUUUGCACUAGCUUAGGAGAUAUUGGUUUGAGAGGUUUGCAUCGCAGGUGGUUCAAUUGUUUUUUUUUUUAGUACUUGACAGGUUGUGGCGUUCUCUAGUUUACUGGAAAUGAGAAAAUGAAUUGCGAGGAUCAAGCUGUAGAUUUGUGCAAAGCUAUAGAUUUGUGCAAUGUCUCUGACAACACUAUAUCACACCCCACGCCCGCGGAGGAGAUCCUUCCACGGGAUGGCCUCCAGCUGAUGGAUGGAGACCAGGAGGAACAGGACGCCGCCGUCCUGACUAGAUUAAAAGACGUCCAUUUGAAGGAUGAUGCACUGCAUACUAAAAACAAUGGAUCCAUUGCAGUGUCCGCUGACCCUGUUAAUGGUUCUGCUGGAGACCUGCAGCAGAGCACAGUUGAGGAGCCGCCGGUGACCAAGUGCUCUGUUGGAGAUGUGGGUGAUGAUGGUGAGAUGGAUAUCGGUGUGGAUUUAAGUCUGGAUGAAAAUGGUGUUUUGGAGUUUGAACCAACUGCCCAGACUCAAUCUGAGGAAAGUGCCUCUAGCUGUGAAAACUCUCUAAUAUCAGACACUGUCAUAGAACUGCAUUCGCAGGAACCUUUGGAGGAACACAGUGUUGAUGUGCCCUCAGAAACAGUCCCAGCAGCUGCCACGCCGGUGGUAGAAGAAGCUGGGAUUAAACAUGGGUCAAAAAGGGUGACCUUUCCAUCAGAUGAGGACAUCGUAUCGGGUGCGGUUGAGCCGAAGGACCCUUGGAGACAUGCUCAGAAUGUGACCGUGGAGGAGAUUCUGAAUGCCUACAGACAAGCAUGCCAGAAACUCAACUGCAAACCAAUCCCCAAAGUGCUCAAACAGACACAGGACUUAAAAGACCUGACACAGCGAAACGAGUGCCUAGAUCUCAAAGGAGAAAAGCUGGACUAUAAAUCCUGUGAGUCUCUGGAGGAGAUUUUCAAGAGGGUUCAGUUUAAACUGGUGGAUCUGGAGCAGACGAACCUGGACGAGGACGGAGCGUCAGCUUUGUUUGAUAUGAUCGAGUAUUAUGAAUCCGCCACUCAUCUCAACAUCUCCAACAACAAGCACAUCGGCACCCGGGGCUGGCAAGCCGCCGCACACAUGAUGAGGAAGACGAACUCUCUGCAGUAUCUAGAUGCCCGUAACACCCCUCUGCUGGACCAUUCGGCUCCAUUUGUGGCCAGAGCUCUUCGGAUCAGCAGCAGUCUGACAGUCCUCCAUCUGGAGAACUCCGGCAUCUCUGGACGACCGCUAAUGCUGCUGGCCACAGCGCUGAAGAUGAACAUGAACCUCAGAGAGCUGUAUCUGGCUGAGAAUAAGCUGAACGGCCUGCAGGAUUCAGCUCAGUUGGGCAAUCUGCUAAAGUUUAACUACAACAUCCAGAUUUUGGACCUGAGGAACAAUCACAUACUGGACUCGGGGUUGGCGUACGUGUGUGAGGGUCUGAAGGAGCAGAGGAAGGGGUUGGUCACGCUGGUGCUCUGGAACAACCAGCUCACACACAAUGGCAUGGGAUACCUGGCCGCUGCGCUGCCGUUCACACAGAGCUUGGAAACACUGAAUCUUGGACACAACGCAGUGGGGAAUGAAGGAGUGCACAAACUGAAAGACGGACUGAUCUCCAACCGCUCCAUCCUCAGGCUGGGUCUGGCCUCCACCAAACUCUCCUGUGAAGGAGCGGUGGCCAUCGCAGAGUUCAUCGCUGAGAGUCCAAGGCUGCUCCGGCUGGACAUGCGAGAAAACGAGAUCAAGACCGGAGGCCUCAUGGCUCUCUCUCUAGCAUUUAAAGUCAACACGUCUUUACUGAGACUCGACCUGGACCGAGAGCCCAAGAAGGAGACGGUGAAGAGUUUCAUUGAGACACAGCGCGCCCUGCUGGCCGACAUCCAGAACGGCUGCAAGAGGAACUUCAUAUUGGCCAGAGAGAAGGAAGAAACCGAGCAGAAGAUGAGACUCUCGGCUUCAAUGGCAGAAAUCGCCACUGAGGACCAAACCCACGAAGAAGAAGAAGAAGAAGAAGCAUCCCCUUUGAAGAAAAUCGAAGAAGAAACCACAGACGCUCCGAAAGAUGCAACCCAGGAGAGCAGUGAAGUGUCUGAAAACCAAGAGCCCAAAGAUCAGGAAUCAACACCGCAGGAUGAUUCAGAUUCAGACACUGAAGAUGAAGAAACGCCAACAAACACUUCAUUAACAUCCACAUCUCCAAUACCCAUUCCAGCUGCAGCAGACACCAGUAAAACCAUCCCCUCCACUCCUCCUAUAGCAUCUCCAGCCGUCAUUUCAGGAAUUACAGUAACAGAAGCCAGCAUUGUCACACCGUCAUCUCCUGGACGAUGUAUUUCAGUGUCCAGUCCAGGAAGAGGACACAAAAUCUUCAUGGUAACCCGUGUGGAAAGCCCUCCCGAGCAGCAGCAGACGAGUAUCGCAAUGCUCAAAAGCAUCCAGCCGUCAGCAAUAACUGAUAUAAAAGCACCUUCGCAGACGCAGAAUUCAACACAACCCACAGAGAAAUCGCAUGCAGAAAAGACACCAGAUGCACAGCAGGAGGAUUCAGUAUCCACAAGCACACCGAGUCUGGAUGCUAAUAUUGACCAGACUCAGUUGACAGAGAGUGUCAGUGAGGAGGAGCAGAAGAAAGCAGAAACACUAAACAAUGAAGCUGAUAUAAAUGAAGACGCAAACACAGGAGCGCCGCUGCCCAACGGUCUGAAGCCAGAGUUUGCCUUGUUUGAGUUUGAGGGAGCCAAACCAGCCAGCUGUAUCAUGGAGCACGUGAGUGUGACGGCAGAGCUGAGCUGUGGGCAGGAUUUAGAGGAGCUUCUCCUUGAUGCCAGUCUGGAAACCAGCAGAGACGCACCAUAAUAACUUCGAGACCAAGGGUCCACACGUGCAGCGAGAAUCAGAAAGGCCGGUUUGUUCAUUGCCCAUAUUCCUCAGGUCUCUUUCCAUCUCUCUUCUGCUUUCAACACAUUUUACAUCAACAACACGAAGAACUUCAAAUAUCCAUCCUAAAACAUGCCAAAAUUAGGACAAAUCCAAUCUAUCAUUCACUGAACACACUUAUUCAGCCAUUUGUGUGCUUCAAAAGCACACAGCUACCAAAGACACACGUGGAGAAACACACACAUGAUAGCAAAACGGACCCUGCUGGACCACACUGAGCAAACACACACACACGUCAUUGGAUGUUGUUUAGCAAGUCUGUGUGUGCGUUUGUCAUUAUUAGUGUCUCUUCAACGCACACAAACACACACACAUAGACUUACCAAAGUGAUGCACACCCGCUUUCCAUAUGAUCCUGCUCAGGAAUGGGUUAAAACGGCCACUUCUGAUCUCCACCAAUCAGCACUUGUGAAAGCAUUAGAAACCUGUGUGAGUAUCUGGCGCGAUCGGAUGGGAUCGCCGUUUUUAUCGAGUCGCCAGACGAAACAGACGAAUGAAUUGUACAGUUUUCCACCCUGUUUUUGUCUCUCUCUCGCGCUCAUUCUGUCUUCCACCGGUUAUCACUCAUCAGACACGUUUGCCUUUAAACCUCUUUGUUAUUCUGGCUGAAUCGGUUUCUGUUUACUUCUGAUUCAUUUCCUUUUAUUCCCCCCUCCCUCCUCUCUUCAUGUCUUUUUUUAAAGCUGUUGUGGGAUUUCCCUCCUCUUUUUUUCUUUGGUGUAUAUUUUCAGAUUCUUUAAAGAGCAAAUAUUAAGUUUAAAGGUUUACUUUUUCGAUUGGUUGGGGUUUUCGGGGCUCUGUUGAUUUAUAUAAAGGGGAUGGAGCUCUAGAGAGUAUAUAUGAUGUAAAUGGAGAGUGUGUUUUGGGGCAGCCGGAUUAUGAGACUUCAUAAAGAAAACACUAAAGUUGUGAGGCUACCGCCUGCUGGAGACACUAGAGACUACACUUUACCUCGAGAGAAGCUUGACCUGAUCAAUGUAGUACUCGCCACCAUUCCUGUGGUUUUGGUUCUUUCUCUUUUUCUCCCGAGCGUCUCGGAAAAAGCAGACGUCGGCCUCUACAUCCAGAUCGUCUUCGACCUUGAGAAAUCCACACUUCUGUGAGCCCCACACACCUGAUGUUUGUAAUGCUUUAUUUUUAGUAAUUUUUAAAAAUUACCUGUUAAAUUAAUCAAACUGUACUGGUAAACACAGAGAAAUGUGUAUGGCUUUUCCCUCUCAAAUAAAUGCAUGUAAUGACAAA